AUGGAGUUUCUCAAACGCUUUACUCUAGGUGUGCGGAACACCGAACUGUACUCCAAAUUUGUGCGCAAGCAGUAUACCUCGCUACAGAAAGCGCUGGAAGUGGCACUCGGUUACGAAGCUGCGGAAGUGGCCCAACGUCAGCUAGCCUCAACCUAUCUCUUUGCAGUGGCUGAGCACUGCCCAUCCAGCCGUCGGACACAACGCCAGUCAAUGGGUGAACGCCAGAAUCCCCAGGCUAAUUGUCCCUACUGUCGACGAUUCGGCAGGUGGGCCCAGCAUUGCGGUCACAAGCCCACCUUUGAUUGGACCGCAUUCAUUUCAGCCCAGUAAAACAUGAGAAAACCCUAAUAGUAGGGAAAGCCGAUUCUUACUUAGAGCCUCGGCACUCAAUCGUAUCUGAAAUUUGAUUGGUUCCUGGGACCCCCGGCCGUUGCGUCGCCAAGGGCGCAAAAGAAUGCGUGCAUGCUUAUCGGCAAAUCGAUCGGCCGUGUCGUAUGCGUUGGCGCGACGGCUGGGACACGCCACUUUAUGCUCUCUCACGCCUCUGCACGCGCACUCUUGCUGCUCUGACCGUGUUUACUACCUGACGCGUUUUAUAACCCUUUCUGUUCCUUUUCUGGUUCUUUUUCUUGUAAAUGUCGAUGAAAAUUUUGAAGAGGACAUUAAGGAGACGUGUUGAUGCUGCUGUGAAGAAGCAAUUUCAGCAAAUUGCGGAGAAUAUACGAGAAAUCUAUCCGUCCGACUCAGUAUCGACAUCCCUGGGUUUUUGUCGUCGUACAGCUCAUCCAAUUGGACAGAUUCUUCCUCUGCUGACGAGGAAACGGGUUUUCCCAAUUGCAAAACGCCAGUGAACACGGAACCCGACGAAGGUACAGCUGUAGAGUCCAUAGCGACCCUGUCAACAGAUUCCCCUGUUGAAGAGCCAAGCGUAAGAGAUGCUCUUCAGUCGUGGGCGGUACAGUCACACAUACCUCUCGUUCAUUUGACUAGUCUUCUGAAGAUUAUUAGAAGGCUGUCGCCAGAUCUUCCCUCGGACGCGCGAACACUGCUGGGUGGGCCAGGCAAUUCCGUAACGCUGACGCCAAUGGGCAGUGGUGAGUACGUCCAUUUUGGACUUGUAAAGCAGUUAACUGAAUAGUUACGGGUCUCUUCCAUGCAUUUUAAGGGGGAUGAAGUAGUUGCAUAUUUAGCUAUUGAUGGGUUACCUAUAUAUAGGAAAACCAAAAAGGAGUUUUGGCCAAUCUUAGGUAGGAUAAUGAAGCCAUUUAUCAGUGAAAUAUUUGUUGUGGGGAUUUAUUGCGGCUUUGGUAAGCCCUCAGAUGUGCAAUCGUUCUGCAAAUCGUUGACAGGCGAGCUAUUAUCACUGAAUAGGUCAGGUCUGCGUGUCGAUGCUCUCGACCGAACACUGCGAUUUCGCUUGGGCGCUGUAAUUUGUGAUGCGCCUGCUCGGGCUUUUAUAAAGCAAAUUAAAAACGUUAAUGCUUAUUAUGGGUGUGGGAGAUGCUGUGUUAGAGGUGAAUACAUAGAUAAGGUAGUGUAUGACAGCGUAUCUGAACGUGCCAGGGCGGAUGAAGAUUUCCUAGACACUGCCGAUGACUGUCAUCGUAUAGGAGUUUCGCCAUUGCUUGCAUGCGACGUUGGCAUGAUAAGUUCGUUUCCUCUAGAUCCUCUUCAUUUAGUUUACCUGGGCGUUAUGCGAAGGCUGCUUAACUUGUGGCUCAGAAGUCCUUGGGAAAAAGUCUUCCGGUUGUCAAAAGCAGAAGUUAGCACAAUUAAUGAUAGGUUAAAAUCGCUAAAUCGAUUCCUGCCGCGGGAAUUCUCACAGCGGGCCAGGUCUUUAAACGAUUGGGAUACAUGGAAGGGUACGGAACUUCGUCAGUUCCUGCUACACACUGGAAUAGUAGUCCUUAGAGGUGUUCUUCGUAAAAAGUACUGGAAACAUUUUCUACUGCUGUUCACAGCAAUACGUUGUCUAGUUCGCCCUAAUUCAUGCAGACAUUGGGUGCCCUAUAGUCGUAGGCUACUAAAGAUGUUCGUUGACAGAUUUCCCGAUUUAUACGGCAAAUCUGAAAUGGUGUACAAUGUUCAUAGCAUUGUCCACCUACCGGACGAUGUUUUAAGACACGGUCCGCUUGAUAGCUUCUCUUAAUUCCCCUUCGAGAGCUUUCUAGGUAAAAUAAAACGUAUGCUGAGGAAACCGUCACAACCACUUCAGCAAAUAAUGCGCAGGUUAGGAGAGCUGCAGGCCGAUCGGUGUCCAUCACAAUGUCCACUGGAAUGGACUUUUAACAGUGAGCACAGUAACGGUCCACUGCCGACAACGGGUGGCUUGUGUACACAAUAUGGAUCGAUUCAGAAACAGAGAUGUCUUAUAGGUACAAAUCCAACGGAGGGAUCAAUAGCAAUUGAUGGUCGUUUGAUUUGCAUUCGGAACAUAGUACGUUAUCCGGCUGGAGAUGUAGGAUUUGUAUAUGUCGAAUGUGAAAAUGUGGAAGAUUACUUUGAGUAUCCUGUUAACUCAUCAAACAUUAAAAUUUUUAAAGCCAGGUUGGGGACCGUACUUAACGCAUGCCCAUUGCCGCCAUCCUUACGGAAGUGUGCCUGCUUCCCCUUGGAGGAUCACUUUGUUCUGAUUGAAAUCAAUGACCGCUGGGACUCUGAUGACUGGACAUUUUCGGAUGUUCGAUGACUGAGUUGGACGGAUCCAUUUCUUCUUAUUCACGCAAGUUGCUCCUGUUCUCACUGUACUUCUCACCGUAACUCGGUCACUACCCACGAAACCUACAACCCAACAGUGCCUCAGCUAUUGUUUCGUGGGCAGUGAAGGGAGGCAGUGAUUAGCUACAUAUUCUUAUCCUACCCACACUCUACUUUUCCUGUUGGGUUGUAGAGUAUCAUGUCUUCAGAGGAAGAAAGCCCUAAAAAGAAGAGACCCAGGCGGUCAGCAAGGAACCCAUACGACGAUGACAUGUGGGAAAAUGAAUUAAACCUCUCGACGACAUCUGUAUGAAUGUUAAUUACAUAAUUUUCCGUUGUCUACAGCACUCGCAAUCAGAAAAAUCCGAAUCCAGCUCUACAUUGCCAUUGGUGGCCUCCCCUAAAUCCAAAGGUAAUUACCUUUCAUUCUAUUAUGCCUUUCGUAGGGCAUAAGAUGAGUAGAACCGAAAGCAAAAGCAGACACAUGUCCUCCCGCGAAAUGUGGCGGAAAUUUAGAGGCGUGCUACGGUGGCUGAUAAAUAAUAGUAAAGAGAAUACUAAGCGACUAGAGCGGGUUGAGUUGAAGUUGGAUGCUCAGGCCGAAGGACGUGCCAGUGCAGCCAUUUCCUUAUCCACUUCAACGUCUGUGGCUGCACCUUUUAGACGAAUGGCUUGCUUGAGUGAUUUAGAAAGAUUUACAAAUAAACUGACAGACACCGAAUUUCGGCAGCAGAUGGUAUGUGUCUUAUGACCCACUUAUUUCUCGGAUAGGUCAGCCACUUAGGUAGUUUUGGAGGCCGGACAUUGAGCGCAUUCGUCGACCGCGUGUUCAGUGCCCUAUUUCAAGAUGAAAUAACACAUUAUUUGACUUUUUACGGUCGACAACAAGGGAAGAGCGCGUUCUUCGGCUCCCCAACCUACUCACUCGUCCUAGGUAUUAAAACAUAAUUUUCCCAUUUACCAACCCUCUACAUAGAGGUGUUCAAUAGGUGGAAUUCCGAUCACCCUUCAGAUCGGCAUGAGGUAGAGAAAUGCUUCCGUUUAAUGUUCAGAAGGGCCUACGACCGGCUACAAAAGCGGACUACUAAGCUAUCUUCGUCACGCCCACCGGACGGUUAGUUACCAUUUCAUAAACAGACCUCAUGCAUCUAUUAUUUACUAUGACACACAUUAACUUGAGUGCACUUUUUUAGACACUGCCGAGGAUGACGAAGAUACUCCUCGUCCGGGACCGUCAGGCUCUUCGUCACAGCCUUAG